UCAAGAAGUCUAGACGACCGGCGACACGGCUCGCUGGCGGCCGCCGCCCGCUGCUGCGCCUCCAUCUGGCGACUGCUGCAAAUCCCAAGUCCGAACCCCUCCGUUGCGAUCAAACGCGGAUCCCGGAAAAUCCCCCAAAAAGAAGGGGAAAAUAAAACAGCAUGAACUGCUUGAAGAACUCGCGCUCCGUCCUCUCCCGUCUCCUCCGCCACCGGCCAGCCGUCUCCCCGCCGGGGCAGGCGCCGCCCCCUCGUUACUACUACGCGUCCCGGGUCCUUCGCGACAAGCCGGCUGUCCGCAAGCCGCCGCCGGCGCAGACGCCGCCUCCCCGGUACUACUACACCUUCCGGUUCCUCCGCGAGAAGCCCGCCGUCCGCCCGCCGCCGCCGCCGCCGGCGGUGCAGGCGCCGAGUCCUCGGCAUUACUACACCCCCCCGCGGCGCCAGGAGGUCAUCCAUUUCACCCGCCGCCGCGGCGGGUCCCGGUGGUACCACGACCAGCGGAAGCUCACCGCGGCGGUCCUCAUCACCGGAGGCGGUGCGGUCGCCGUCUACUUCGGCCAUCUCGAGGCCGUGCCCUACACCAACCGCACCCACUUCAUCAUGCUCUCGCCCAAGCUGGAGCGCCAGCUUGGGGAGUCCCAGUUCGCCGAACUCAAGAAGCAGCUCGCGCCCAAGAUCCUGCCCCCACUCCACCCCGACAGCAUCCGCGUCCGCCUCAUCUCCUCGGAGAUCGUCCGCGCCGUCCACCGUGGCCUUGCCGGCCGCCAGCGCCACGACGCCUCCUACGGAGAGGACGCCUCGUAUGGGUAUGGCGAUAUCUCCGCCGACCUCACCAUCAAGAACCACGAUGCGGAGGCUGGUGCCGUGAUGCUUGGCGUGUCCCCUCGCAAGAACGCGAGCGCAGCCACGGCGGCCCAGCGAGACGACGAGGUUCUGGAUGACAGGUGGGUCACCGAGUGCCGGAACCGUGGGAAGGCGCGGGGAGCGCAGCCGCAGACGAGUCACCUCGAUGGGCUCAAUUGGGAGGUGAUCGUUGUCAGAGAUGACCUUGUCAAUGCAAUGUGCUUGCCUGGUGGCAAGAUUGUAGUCUUUACUGGAUUGCUCGAAAAAUUCAGGGCGGAUGCCGAGAUUGCCACUGUGAUUGGGCAUGAGGUUGGGCACGCUAUUGCAAGGCACUCGGCAGAGCAGAUCACUAAGAACAUGUGGCUUGGGAUCUUGCAGAUUGUCAUCUUACAAUUUAUUUACAUGCCAGACUUGAUAAAUACAAUGUCAACAUUACUCCUCAGGCUGCCCUUCUCACGAAGGAUGGAGAUAGAGGCAGACCACAUUGGACUCCUGCUACUCGCUUCUGCUGGCUACGAUCCACGCAUAGCCCCUGGGGUCUACGAGAAACUAGGAAAGAUUGGAGGUGAUUCAGCAUUGAACAAUUACCUCUCGACUCAUCCUUCGAGUAAGAAAAGAGCGGAGCUUCUAUCGCGAGCCAAUGUCAUGAACGAGGCGCUGGAGUUAUACAGGGAAGUUAGUGCCGGCCAAGGCGCUGAAGGUUUCCUCUAGAUUCGAGGUCUUACUAUCCUGCCGGUUACACUUUCAAAUGCUUGACGAAAAGCAUGUUCUUCCUAUCUGCACAGUGUAAUUUUGUGUGAUUCGUGUCUAUGCCUGAAAGCUGAAAGCAUGUUUUGUCCCGUGCUAUUGCCCAGUUGUUCUGAGGCCAAAUGAAACUCAUUUUCGAAACAGAAGGGUAGAAUCUUCAUUUGUGAUUAGGAAAAAGAAAGCAAAUACUAAUCCAUUGCUGUUAAUAAUUGGUAGUUGUGAGCAUCAUCUGAUCCCAAUGCUCCUUGGUCCA